UUAAGGGACUGAAUGAAGCACUGUCCUUUCUUAUAACAGGGAAGCCAAGCAAGGACAGCGGGUCAAAAUGCCUGAGGCGGUGGUAGGUGGUUCAGGAAAGGCCCUGACCCUCGAUGAUCUCAUCGAAGCCUUGGACAGACGAGAGAGGGUGUCGAGCAAUGUUCCUAAGGUUGAUACUUUCCAUUUCAAUGGAGAACGGGUCUCUGAUUGGUUGGAUCUGGUCGAGCAAGCGUUGGUGGGACUGUUCGACGAGGUGAAGUUCCAGCGAAUCUUGAAGUACGUACUUCAUGGGCAUCAUCAGGAAGUGGGAAAGGUUAUGGAAGCCGCCAAUGGUAGUUGGGCGAGGUUUAAAGAUGGGAUGGAAAGGAAGUACAGGCUGGGCAACGGCCUGUUAACUACUGCUGACUUGGAGGCCAUGAACAGGGAUGAUUUCACAACAGUUGGAGCCUUUGUGCAAGAAUUCAAGAAAAAGGCGAGGAAAGUCCCUGGAAUAUCUGAGGAAGCGCAGUGUGCCAUUUUCUUCGGAUUACUCACUUCCUCCGAAACAUCAGAGUUGACGAGCCAUGGAGGGGGAAGUGCAAAGCUCACCUGGGCCACUAUCGACAAGGGAGUCGAGGAAGGAAGUCUGGACCAGGUGGAACAACACCAGAUGCGCCUGCAAAGGCGAAAAAGGAAGGAAAGGGAUGCGACCGCUUCCGAGACGCCAGGAGUUAGGAGGAUUGUCACCGACGUGCUUGCAGAGCUAGGCUAUGGAAAGGACGUGGCGAUACAAAAGAAGGUAGUGACGGCGGUCCAGGGAAAAGGGAAGGACCAGGUGCUAGAGGAGGUCGUUCAAGAGGAAUGGGAAGAAGAGGAGUGGGUGCCCCAACAUCUCUCGAAGGCGCUACGCAAGCAGCGCAACUUAACACAGGGGGGGCAGGGCUCAGGAAAGGGGCAGGCGCCCCAAGCAGUGGUAGUAGCGUCACCAAAUGCGUCGGCACCGUCAAGUAGUCCCGAAUCUAUGCCGGGAAGGCAAGGAUACCCUGGAGUUACCACGGUGAGUUCAGGACCUAGGUCUCGAAUGACCCACAGGCCCCCUACUCCAUUGGCUGCACAGACUAGGGGACAGGCAAAGGCGAGGGCAAGCCAGGACCCUCCUCAAAGAGAGCCAGAACCAGAACGCAGAAAGGAGCCUGUGGAGGUAGAGGAUGAUGAUGAUGGAGAUCAAGAGGAUGAGAGGCUCCGACAGGAGGAAGACCGGCGGGCCGAGCAAAGGGCGAGGAAAAGGGGAUCCCAGCAAGAGCCCGAACCAGUCUUGCGCGACACAACGCCAAAGACGAAGAAGUACGCAGUCCGACUUGAGAAAGGGUUUGAUGUGGAAAGGGUGAUCGACAGGCUGCUUGAGGGCCAUAAUGAUCUUAUGACCCUGAAGGAGAUUCUGGCGUCUGCCCCAAGGCUCCGCAAUGAGCUAAAGGGGGGUCCCCUACAAAGCCUGGAAGCACACUUGGACGCCUCGCAGUGGGAGGUGCCUCAGUCCAGUGGAGGUCAGGAAGCCGAGCCCCUCGCCCAGAGAGAACAGCAAACAAAGGAGGUGAUCGUGAUAGGAGAGGAUACCCCUCCGCAACAGCCAACCCUGACUCCAGAAGUGGAGGCCGAGCCAACGGAUGUUCGAGAAGAAGGCGGAGAGCCUCAGCGAGGAGAGACACCACCACUACCUCCUGACACGAUUCAGUCGCCAGAAGUGAGAGCGGAGACGGAGCUGGAAGAGACAGAUUGGAGGAAGGAGGUAGUCUCUAUGGUAGACAGGUAUCUGACAGCGCACGCUGCUGAGCACCCCGAUUUGGAGGAGGUUCCAGGGGGAAAGCCGUUGCAGGAGCCUCAUCCGCCACCAACAGAGGCGACUGAGGCCCCACCAGAUGACAUCCACCCUAUAGCCGGAAGAGCGCGUCCUCGAGAGACUGAUAAGGAGAAGAGGAUAAGGGUAGGCAAACGAUUGGAGGAGAUAUGGCAGGAAAGGCAGAGACUGGAGGCGGCAGGAGAGCUUCCAUGCCAACCACCCAGCGCACCAGCCAAGGCCCCAAGGAUUCCAUACAUGCGGAAAGAGUUUUUUGAACAGAGGACCGAAGGACUCGCGUCGCCUACAAGGGCAGGUUUCACGGUGGCCAGACAGGUUGAGGAGACUCUGGAUAAGAGCAUCCAGUUUCUGGCCAGGACAAGCUUCGACAGGUACUUGAUGUUGGAGGGUGACCUGGCAGGGAAGAAGGCAAAGGAAGAAGGUCAUGGGGUUCGCCUAGAAGCGCUGGAGGCGGAGGUCCAAGACCUCAGGGCAUUAGCAACCAGCCAGGCCGCUAUCAUUCAGAGCCUGUUGGAAGAAAGGAAGAAGGAAGGGGCAUCCACGAAGGUAGUGGAUCAAACGGAAGGAGCGCGGUACGACAUUCAAGGACAGGCGGCUCAAGGAUUUGGACAGCCAUCUGAGGCAGGACCUUCACAAGGGCCACCCCUUGGAAGGGUCAUCCUAGGGCCAGAAGAGGCUAAGGCAAAAAGGGAGGCUGAGAAGGAGGCCUUCGUGUUCAGGGCACCGACUGAGUUCGCGACCUUACCAGUGGAACCUUUGGGAGUUCCGCCAGCAUCCUCGCCACUGCCAGGCGAAGAGGGACCACAGGGGGUCACUAGUGAGUCGGCACAAGAAUCAAUGGAAGGGCCCAUGGGGGUGCUUCUAGAGGCACUGGACACCAUGCAGGAGGAAGCAAGCACGCCUAUGCCAGAGUUGAGUACUGAGACUGUAGGCGAGGGACUGCCGAUGGUGGUAUCAGAAGAAAGGCGGGAGAGCAGGCCCCAAAGAUUGGAUACGCCUGAGUAUGUGCCGGAGGUGGGUGAUCUGAGGAGUAGGCUGGGAUCUUGGGCUACUGGAUCUGGUUCUGGGGAGCGAGCUCCGGAGUCAGAGCAGCAGGAGGUCGCCAGCACCACGAUGGGAUCCCCAUCGUCGCCUCCGCCGCAGCCAAGGAAGAAGAAAUUCAAGAGGAAGGUUGAUCAACUCUGCUUCUUUUGCAAGAAGGGCGUACAUUGGGCCCUCGAGUGCCCUAAGUUCCUCAAGGACAAGGCAGAAGGGAGGGUCUCAGAGAGUGCAGGGAAGAUGUAUGAUAGACAGGGCCGAGUGGUGGAGAGAUCUGCUAAUGGAGGUAGAGCACAGUUAUAUAGGUAGAACCAGGAGGAGAUGAGUGAGUAGGGACUGGUUUGCCCAGGUACAGAUAGCCAAUAGGAUAUUGUAGACAGAGUU